AUGGGAAAGAUGAGUUUCAUUGAAGGAUUGCAGAAGCGCUUUUUUUUAGGAUAUUCAUACAAAUACAACACGUUCGAACUUGAUCCUAUUAUACUGGCAACUUCUAUCAAGGUGGCAGUUUUAGAUUAUUUUCGGAAUACGCCUUGGUAUUGGAUCAUCAGAGACGCCGUCUUUUACCAUCUGCUUUUUAACGUUUUGUCCCGGAUUAUUUUGUACAUAAGGGGGUAUGGGCUUCUGACAUCAAUUUCUAAAUUAUUCCAUUAUGCCAGUAGACGUUUAUUUGAGGUUCUAUUGAGCUUACCAAUGGUAAGAGGUUCUGUCGAUAAAGAGGUUUCUAAAGUCUUAGCCACAAUAGAGAAAGAUAUGAUAAAAAACGAUGCGAAUUUAAAGGAUUUCCCUGAACUACCAAGAACAGGAUUAAGUGAAGCUGAUGUAUUGAAAGAACUAGAUAAACUCAAUUCUGUUUUGAAGCAUUCUGAUUGGGAAAAUGGUAAAGUAUCUGGUGCAGUGUAUCAUGGUGGGGAUGAUUUGAUUGAUUUACAAUCCAAAGCGUUUAAAAAGUUUUGUGUGGCGAACCAGUUGCAUCCAGAUGUCUUUCCUGGUGUGCGUAAAAUGGAAGCAGAGGUAGUGUCCAUGGUUUUGAACUUAUUUAAUGCUCCACCGACUGGUUGUGGUACUACAACAAGUGGUGGUACGGAGUCGUUGUUAUUGGCUUGUGUAAGCGCAAAAAUGCUUGGAUUGCGCUACAAGGGAAUUACCGAACCCGAAAUAAUCAUCCCGAAGACAGCACAUGCAGGUUUUGACAAAGCGGGAUAUUACUUUGGCAUAAAGAUCCAUCAUGUUGAUUUGGAUCCUGUGACAUUCCAAGCUGAUGUUAAGCAGAUGAGAAAACUUAUCAAUAGAAAUACUGUUAUGUUGGCUGGCUCUGCUCCAAACUUCCCUCACGGGAUCAUUGACGAUAUCGUUUCGAUCGGUAAACUUGGUGAAACUUACAAAAUUCCUGUUCAUGUUGACUGUUGUUUGGGAUCAUUCAUUGUUGCGUUCAUGUCCAAGGCCGGAUUUAACGAUGUACCAUUGUUUGACUUCAGAGUUCCCGGUGUCACCUCUAUUUCAUGUGAUACACACAAAUAUGGCUUUGCACCAAAAGGCUCUAGCGUUAUCAUGUACCGCAACCCUGAAUUGAGGAAACAACAGUAUUAUGUCAGUACCGAGUGGACAGGAGGUUUGUAUGGAUCGCCAACGCUUGCGGGAAGUAGACCGGGUGCCUUGGUUGUCGGUUGUUGGGCAACUAUGGUACAUGUGGGAGCAGAUGGAUACAUUAAUUCAUGUAAAGACAUCGUCGGAAAGGCUCGUGAGUUGAAAGAAUUCAUUCAAAAGGAAAUUCCAGAGCUUCAAAUUUUAGGCGAUCCAUUAUGUUCUGUGAUAUCAUUCACGUCCAACAAAAUUGAUAUCUACGAACUUUCAGACACAUUGUCUAAGUCUGGAUGGCACUUAAGUGCAUUGCAGAACCCAUCUUCUAUCCAUCUUGCACUCACAAAGCUAUCCCUAAAAUCGGUUGAUGAAUUGAAGCACUUGUUGAAGAGCACCGUUGACAAAAUGAAACAAUCACCUGAUGCCAAACCUUCUUCUGAUGGUACGAGCGCUCUUUAUGGUGUAGCAGGAAGUGUGAAAACCGUUGGUGUGGCUGACCGUUUGAUUGAAGGUUUCUUAGAUAGUUUGUACAAACUUGAGCCAGAACACGCUACUUAA